AUGACCGAUAAGGAGGCCGGGCAGCUGCCGCAGGACGAGGCGCUGGACGAAGCCGUACUGGGGUACCGGGCCCCAAGGCAGAAGAGCCUGCGAGAGCUCCAGGAGCUAGACUCGGACAACGAGAGCCUGAUCAAGUACAAGCAGGCGCUGCUGGGGCCCCUGCCGCCGGUCUCGGACCCGAGCGUGCCCAACGUGCAGGUGAUGCGGCUGACGCUGAUGUCGGAGCAGGCCCCAGCACCCGUCACCAUGGACCUCUCAGGGGACCUGGUUAUGCUGAAGAACCAGGUGUUUGUCCUGAAGGAGGGUGUGGAUUACAGAGUGAAGAUCACCUUCAAGGUCAAUAAGGAAAUCGUCUGUGGCCUCAAGUGCCUGCAUUACACCUACCGCAGGGGCCUGCGUGUGGACAAGGCUGUUUACAUGGUGGGCAGUUACGGCCCGAGCACCCAGGAGUAUGAGUUCGUGACUCCGGUGGAGGAGGCGCCGCAGGGUGUGCUGGCACGGGGCACCUACGUGGUCUCGUCCUGCUUCACAGACGACGACCGGGUGGCCCACCUGUCCUGGGAGUGGAGCCUCCGCAUCUGCAAGGACUGGCAAGACUGA